UUUCGGCGCUAUGUUUGUUUCUCAUCGGUUCGGUUCGGUCGACAGGUGCUUGCGUGCGCGGCGAGUGAAAUCCAGGCAAGGAAGUUAUCAUCGAGCUGCUGCAGGAGUGUUUGCCGCAGCAAAGCACCCCCAAUCCGGAACAUUAUCUGCUUGGGUUUGAAAUUAGCAAAGAACUGCGACUCAUCAAUUUGCAGCAAAAGGGGGGUGUUCAAUUUCCCGACCAGCUGCGCCUUAUUUUGCCGUUGGAUCAAGACUUGGAGGCCAACCCAAUUCCUCAGCCCAAGAGCGACUGAUCGUGCAUGGCUAUUCUCGUUGAAAUAUGGUCUGCUACAAUUCUCGCUUCCGGAGGUGAGCUGCGUUUCUUUCGGUCCUGUAACGAUUUCCUGUGUCGGCACGUUAAUGAGCCUUCGUUUGCGAUCAAUGCGCGGACCAUCAACAGUCUCCAUGUACCGAAUAAGAUGACUGGUCUGUUGAUGAUGAUAUGUGGACUCCUUUCAAGCAUCUGUACAACAGCAUCGAUUUCUUGGUCCGGCCUUAAGUUCGGGAACGGAAAAGAGUUGUGCCAAUCUGGAUGCGUUGCUGCGGAAGCAGAAUUUUACGACCAUGUUGAAGAACCCUCCAAAGAAUGGGCCUCAUUUUGCCUUUGGAUCAAGACUUGGAGGCCAACCCAAUUUCUCAGCCCAAGAGCGACUGAUCGUGCACGGCUAUUCUCGUUGAAAUAUGGUCUGCUACAAUUCUCGCUUCCGGAGGUGAUUCUACGUUUCCUUCGGUCCUGUAACGAUUUCCUGCGUCGGCACGUUAAUGAGCCUUCGUUUGCGAUCAAUGCGCGGACCAUCAACAGUCUCCAUGUACCGAAUAAGAUGACCGGUCUGUUGCGCUGUGUUGAUGAUGAUAUGUGGACUCCUUUCAAGCAUCUGUUCAACAGCAUCGAUUUCUUGGUCCGGCCAUCAAGUUCGGGAACGGAACAGAGUGGUGCCAAUCUGGAUGCGUUGCUGCGGAAGUAGAAUUUUACGACCAUGUUGAAGAACCCUCCA